AUGCAUAAGCUGGUAUUUUGCUGUCUCAUUAUUUUCAGCUUCUCCUGUCCUCUUUCGACUCUCCCCAUCAUCAAUGCCAGCGAGAUGUCUUCUCAACUGUCAGCUGAUGAAGAUUCGAGAUUAAAUCUGGAGCGGUUGGGCAGCCUAGAAAGCACUUCCCUGCUUCAGUUUCUGCCAGAGCUCUUGGGCACACUGACUGAAGACAACAAAGCAGGUCUUAGCCCCAGCAGCUACAACCCAAGGGAAAAUAUCAAAGAGACUUUCUAUGGAAAUCAUCCUCGAAUUGCUUUGCUGGGCCGCUUCUUGAGCAAGGACAGGAAACAGUACAAGAAACGUGGGAAUCUUUCCGAGUGCUUCUGGAAGUAUUGUGUGUAA